AUUCAAAUAAGUGGACACUUUUCAACUCAUACCUUUAAAAUUAAACAUUCUUAAAAAUGCCCCUAAAAUUCCAAAAUAAUCUGUCUCAAAAGUUGAAAACUUUUUGCAGAAUCUAGGUGGAUAUCUCUUAACUCUUCCCUACGAGUUCUGAUACUCAAACAGGGGCCGUGACGGUCCCUGUUACAAUAGCACAGCCCAUUCCCCACAGCCUUUAUUGUAAGUCUUCGAAAAACACGUAGAAUUAUAAUUUGUUCAUUGAACAUCUAACCAUUUCGAGGUCUUGACCACCAUCUCUCAAGCAAAAGAUACCAAGAAAUUGACUCCACUGGUGUUUGCUGCAUUCAUAUAUCUGCCAUAUUAGUUGCAAUGGACUCUCAUUUCUUCCAUUGCUAGCUUCCUUCUAUUACAAGCAAGCAUUUUCAAUAGCCAAUUAGCAGGUAUGCUAGCAGAUAGUUUCUGAAUCAUCUAAACUUGUACGUGUUUUGUCUUUCUCGUAGUCUAGUAGAUCUAACAAUAAACCAGAUCAAAUAAGGAAAAAUAAUCUGAGAAGCUCUGUUGGGUAAUCCUGUAAAGGAAUCAAACCAGAAAAGGCAUGAAAAUAAUCAUCAUCCUAAACUUUUCUGUCUCUCAUUUUGUACCUAGAGUAAAAUGAAGAGAAAAACUUUUAGUUGAUUCAUGUGAAGAUCGAGUUGUUUGAAUUAAUCAUAAGAAAGAUGCAUCGAUGGGCACAGCAUUGAGCCCAGUGUAAAAUUCGAAGAAUCAUUAAAAACGAAAAAGUUUUGCUUUCUGCUGAAUUUUUAAACCACCAUAAACUAAUCUUGUCUCCCUAUUUCUCACCAGAUAUGCAUGUUUCAGGGGACUUUAAAGGUCAAAGGUAUUCCUGAGGCACCAAAAAUUCCGAAUACCGUCCAAAAAAAACUUAUACCAGUAGCUGAAUUCAAAUCAUAAGAUAAUGCAGUCUAAUCUCAGCUUUGUAAACGACGUGGCCAAUCGCUGAUCCUGUCGAGGUUCUGAUCAAUUCCAUCUACCAACACAAGGUAAGGCAGUCGUACAAUGGGAUGUUUACCUUCGAAAGCAGUCACUCGAUCAUUAAGCUUUCAAGAAGAGUUGAAUUAUGGAUUUCAAAGAACAUCCAAAUCCAUUCCCGUGUGGGAAGAAUUGUUAACUUCCCACAAUACCAACGACCAGGUUCUUGCCUUUGUUUAUUCUGCACACACUACAAAUGAAGUUAUAAACAGAGAUCCCAAAACUGCUAAUGAGACUUCUGAUAUUGCCAAAGUAAAAGCAGAUGCUGAAAACUCUUUACUUCCCCGACAUGCUAUUCGAAUGAGUGAUUUUGGGAGAUUGUCAAGGUCGAAAAGCUGUCAGAUGAUACUGGAUAAAGAAUUUUCCAUGCAAGAUCCUCAGAUUGAGGGGCUCAGUGAAAAUAAAUUAGAUUGGAGAGAUAAGAAUACCGGAGGCUCUAGAAGCUUUCACACGGUUGAGGAAUACGAUGCCCUACUAAAGAGAAUUUAUAUGUCCAGCACAAGAGAUGGAGAAUCCUUUCAAGAUAAUGAGUCUUCACUGGAUGAGAAUGCACACACAUCUAAAUCUAUGGAUGAAGAUUGCAAUGAUGGCAACAAUCAUGGAAAUGCUAAAGAUUUUAUGAAGAACAAAUCUGACUCGGAGCAUCCGAGUUCUAGUUCGAAAAAAUCAGAUGAAUUUGAGAAUUUAUUUCAAGAAGGAGCUGAGCGCGAGACUGGUUGGAAAAGGAAGGCUGUUGCACAAGGACUCAGAUCACUUGACAUGUCUCCAGUCGAGUUUCCUGCCAUUGCAAGGCUUAAGCAAUGGUUCCAUGUAGAGGGGCAAGUUUAUUCUCCUGGAACUUACGUUACUCCAAAAUUUGGCAGCUAUAACAUAGUAAAUCCUGUGAGAAGAGAAGAUCCAAAUGAUUCAGUGUUUAGUCCAGAAGUAGUGGCAGCUUUUGAAGAGUGUAUGCAGCAGCUAGAAGCAGAAGAAGAAAGCAUUUUAAACUAUCUGCAGGAUAAUAAUGAAUUGGAGAACCAAACAGAAGAAGACUGCAAGAUUAAAAUUUUAAGUAAGUAGAGAAAAAUAUAUUGUUUCCUGUUUAAUCACAGUUUGCAAGGCUAGGGUGAUGCCCACAGGUGAUCUGCCUAGACAACGAGCUUUGGGAGUUUUUUUCCCCUAUAUAGAAUCUUGUUCUUUCCUAGAUAAUUAUAAACAGGGAUAUAUCGAGUAGCACACAGUGAUUAUGCUGCGUCAAAAUUCCGACCAAGAGAUUCAUAUGAUUAUUAUCAGUCACGCUUGGUCUCGCAAUCAUAUUAGUGCAAAAUCUACUUAAAAUUGAUCUCCACCUAACAUACCUACAAUUCAGAACAAAAUCUGCAACUCCCUUUUGAAACAAAAGGUGCCUGAUUUUGCCAAAAUGGGGCCUGGGAG